ACUCGCACGCAGGCUGUGCGGCACACGGACAGUGCGCGGUGGCCGUGCACCCAGCCACCCACCAGGGCACCAGGCCAUCGUGACGAGCCGCGCGCUAGGCGCACGAGCGCGAACACGAACACGAACACCAUAACGCGGCGGCCAUGGUGGGCGGCGGCGGCGACCCAAGGCCGGAGGACGAGCCCUUCUCCGACGGAGACGCCACGGAGUCGGACACCGACGAGUCUCCUCCGCAGGGGAUUAGUGCUCGCCGCCCCGGCGCCACCACUAACCCGAUCCUGACUCGCCUCGCGGUGUCGCGGAACCCGAGCCCGCUGGCCGCGGCCACCGCGGCCCCCGGGGUGUGCCUCCUCCGCUUCGCCUGGGAGUCCGCCGCGGGAUCCCUCGUCGGCGCCGUUGUCGGAUACGGUAAAGGUCUGGUCAUGAGGAAGGGUUUUAAAGGAUCAUUUCCUGAUGCUGCUUCGUCUGCUAAGAUAUUUGCUGUCCUUGCUGGCGUACAAAGUUUGGUAGCCUGCUCUUUGCGAAAACUACGUGGAAAAGAUGAUGGUAUCAAUGCAGGAGUGGCAGGCUGUUGCACUGGCCUUGCGCUGAGCUUUCCAGGUGCACCGCAAACUCUGAUUCAGAGCUGCCUGACCUUUGGGACUUUCUCGUACAUCAUAGAGACGCUAAACAAGCAGCAGCCCGCACUGGCGCUACCACUGGCUACAGAGAUUAAGGAUCAAAAGGCUGGACAAAGUGUUCUUCCUCCCUUCACGCUCCCUCUUCCGCAGGAUGCGAUGGAUGGAUUUUCUAAGUUCCAGAACUUUUUGUCGUCGAAAUUUCAGGGAAAAUGAGUCACCUUAUGGAGUGACGUUUAGUUGCCUUGUAAAUGCCUCAAUCUGAGCCCUUUUUUGGGUUUAUUUCUCUGCAAAUGUAUGUUUCUAAGGUAGUGUGUUGUUAAUGUUAAUGAUUCUACACCUUUCUGUGACAGUUUUGCGAAUAAGAGGAGCACCUCAUCCUUUGUUCA